GUUUGCGCUGACUAACUCACCAGACCUGGUUGGAGCUUAAGGCCACUGCUGGUACCUGAGGCACGAGAUGCGUUCCCACUGGAACCCGACGCGUCCCAGCGUCCUGACCCAGCGUCCUGACCCAGCUUCAGCUCCAGCUCUAGGCUCAACCCCAGCCAGCUCCCGAUCUUCUGCUAGACCGUCCUUAGAUCGACGUCACAGCAUCCAUUUCUUCUUUCCUCCAUCCUCUUAUCCCAUCGGCUCCUUGCCUCUCCUACCAUCAUGGCGACCGGCGUCGACGCAAAGCUCCUGAAGUCCACCAAAUUCCCUCCGGAAUUCAAUCAGAAGGUUGACAUGCAAAAAGUCAACCUUCAGGUGAUGAAAAAGUGGAUAGCCAGCAAGAUUUCCGACAUCCUGGGAAGUGAAGAUGACGUUGUCAUUGAGCUUUGUUUCAAUCUGAUUGAAGGCCCUCGUUUUCCAGACAUUAAAUCUCUUCAAAUACAACUUACGGGUUUCUUGGAUAAGGACACGGCGCCGUUCUGCAGGGAAUUAUGGAAACUGUUCUUGAGUGCCCAAACAAGCCCGCAGGGUGUGCCUAAAGAGCUACUCGAGGCCAAGAAGCUGGAAUUGAUACAAGAAAAGAUGGAAGCCGAUCGUGCCGCAGACGAAGCACGACGCCGCCGAGGCGAUGCCGACAGACGUCAACAAGAUGGCCCUGGACCGAGGGACAGGGAUCGCGGUGAGCGCGGUGAGCGCGGCCGCGGCCGUGGUGGUGGGGAUAUGUGGCGUGGUCGCAACAGUGACAGGGACUACGACCAGAGAGGUAGACACGGAGGGCGGUUCGGCGGCAACAGGUCGCGCUCACCGGCUGCGAGGAAUCGCGACCAGAGGGAUAGAGGCUCGUUCCGUGGGUCCACUAGAGACAGCUACGUCCCUAGGGAUCGCGGUCUCGGCAGUCGAGCAUCUGGCCGCCGUCGCAACGACACGCGCUCUCCGUCUCCGGCGUCUGUCACGUCACGGUCACGCAGCCCCGAACGCAAGCGAGACUCGAGUCGUGGCUCACCCCAACCUCCCGCCCGACGAACUCGUCGAGAACGUAGCAUAUCCAACCCCAGGCCUACAAGAAAUCGAUCGGUGUCGCCUAGAAGGAGCGAGGGUAACUAUCGCGAAUCACGAAGGAAGAGGAGAUCGUCGCGAAGCCCUUCGACGCCCUCAACAUCGCCCGAUAAACGAGCAGCUGCAAAGCGCCGCAGAUACUCAUCCUCACGGAGUCGUUCACCAGUUCGCGAUAGACGAUCCCGCAGUAGAGGCUCGAAUUCAGCCUCAUCUCGAAGUUCCAGAUCUCGCAGUCGUAGCUCUACGCGUCGAACCUCUCGGGGACGUGCGAGUCCGAGAUCUCGAAGUAGCCCGCGGCAUCGUCACGGUAGUAGCGUCUCCCGCUCUCCAAAUCCCAGCGGUCGCGGCAAGACGGCUGAUGACACGAAUGAGACCGAUCAAGAGAGUAGAAGAGGCCAGGGAGAGGAUGAGGCAAAAGGAAGCAGUAGACGCAAGUCAUAGCUUCGCCCCGUUGAGAUCAGCUGAUCACUUUAAGAGAUUAUUGCCAGAUCUUCCAGCGGCGAUGAUGAAGGCAGAAGACCACGGAAGAAGGAGAAACAAGCCAGAGACGCUAAGCUCGCAAUUUGCCUCAUUCACAAACGGCUAAGGCUAAUCGUCUAAGAAGUUUUUUCUGCAUACCUUACACAUACAUACAUACGAGUUCACUAUUCAAGGGGGUGGAGGUCUA